AUGGCGAAAUUAGAAGAAUUCAGAAAUGAAACUAAAGCUACACAAGAUGUGGUAGAGGUAAACCAGAGUGAUGAGAAUGGUUUAGUAAAUCAUGUUACCAAUGAUAAUAUUUCUGUAAAUACUGUAUCUGAUGAUAGUUCGUCUAAUGAUAACUUAUCUAUUAAGAAUGCAUCAAAUGUUAAUGAAGCAGGAAAUAAUGAAUCUGUGAUAGGUGUUUCUACUAAUGUUGAUUCUAAUUUGAUGGGAUUGUUUAGAGCAUUGACAUUGCCACAAACUAAAGUUAGGCAGUAUGAAGGUGAUCCCUUGUAUUAUCAUGCUUUCAUUACCUCUUUUCAUAAUACAGUGGCUGGUAUACAUGAUGAUAACAUGAAACUUAACUCACUACUUUCUCUCUGUUCCGGUAAAGCUUUGGAGUCUAUCCAAUAUUGUGUUUUGAAGCCGCCUAGUGAAGGUUUCAAAUCUGCGUGUAGGACCUUAAAGGAGAGGUUUGGGAACACAGCCGUGAUUGUGCAAGCUUGGAUUGGAAAAGUACUCAACCGUCCUAGAUUUGAUUCCAUCAAGCUUGGGGAAUUUUCAGAUGAUCUAGAAAACUGCUUCGAAGCGCUGUCAGCAUUAGGUUACUUGAAUGAACUUAACAAUCAAGGCAGUCUGAGACAGAUAAUUGAGAAGCUACCUAGAUUUCUACAAAACAGAUGGCAAAGUGAAAAUUUCAAGUUGAAGGAAAAGGGAGUAGUGCCUGGGUUGGAAAAUGUCAUGAAGUUUGUAAAGGCGUCAGCUAGGGAGAUAAACGAUCCUGUAUUUGGGAGCAUCACCAAUCACACAGCUGAAGGUCAACCACCAAAACAGAAGAGGAACCAGCAGAUACAUAAUGUUAAGGUAAACGUUCCUUCUCAAACAGCUCAACGAGAUAAAUGUUGGAUCUGCAAAUCAGAUACCCAUUGGCCUGAUCAGUGCGAGAAGUUCACUAAGAUGAAAGUUGAAGAACGGUUCAAGAUGGUCAAGGAGAAUCAUGCCUGUUUCUCUUGUCUCAAAAUUGCUGGAAGAAACCACCGAAUAAAUAAUUGCACAAGAAAGAAAGUAUGUGGGGAACAGAUGGAAGACAGACGAUGUGACCGUUUCCAUCAUAAGCUGCUACACCUAACCAAGAGUGUUGGCGUAAACAACGUGCACGUAAGAAACUUCGAUGAACCAUUGCUCUGUGUAUUGGAGGUCGAAGUAAUUGGUAAAGAAGAAAGUCAGACGGCAAACGUGAUGUUGGACCUGGGAUCGCAAGGAACAUUCGUAAGGACUGAAUUCGCCAACAAAUUAGGAGUCAAGGGUAAAUCUGUAUCCGCAUCAAUUACGAAAUUUGGUGGUGUUGAAGAAAGUUUCCAGUCGAGAAUUUGCGAACUAAAGUUGCGUGGAACAGAGACUAAGGCUAUUCAUAACAUCAGAGCAUUGGAAAUGCCGACUAUAAAUGAAGUGGGUGAAGUGAACGUAGAGAAACUGGAGGAGCACUUCCGAUUAAACAACAAGUUAAAGAGGCGUGGCGGUCCAGUUGACAUAUUGAUAGGUGUUGACUACGCAUACUUGAUGACGGGGGAAACUAAAAAAUCUGAUGGCUUAGUCGCUCUAAACUCGCCUUUGGGAUGGGCUAUAUUUGGCAGCAACGGCAACACUGAAAUGGUUAACCGAGUAAUGCAUGUUAAGGUAGAUAAACCAGUCAAUCUAGACGACUUCUGGACGGUCGAAUCAAUGGGAGUUGAUGUGGGUAACUGUGAUUGCAAGGCCAAACUUAGUGUAGUUGAGAAUAUGGAAGCGAAACUCAUCGAAGAAUCUAGUAGUAAAGUUGGUAACCAGUGGUUGAUUCCAUAUCCAUGGGCUAAAGAUCCGAUGCACCUCCCAAACAAUAAAGUCCAAGCUACAAAGAUGCUGAAUGAAUCGAAUGAGAAACGUUUGAAUAAACAAAUUCAUAUCAAACUCAAGCCGUGGUAUAGUUGCGUUAUUGCUAACCUGUGGGUAGUCGUUCUGACCUUUCGCUACAACCUCCAUGGUCAAACAAAGCGCUACCAUUUUAUUUGUAUUUCUGAUUGUUACUUGAUCACGUGA